AUGAUUACUCGCGCAAAGCGCCGCGCUAGCGCGCCAGAGCCCCCCCCACCAGCUCCUGUACAUGAUAGCACGACACGCAAGAUACCCCGCCCGACCCCAAAGAAGCGCUCCAUACCUGCGCGGCGCAUCGCGCAAAAAGCAACGCCUGCGGCCGACGUUGCGCGCGCCGUGCCGCCGCUCUCGCUGCCGAACCGUCCCGGCUCGCUGCACUCGCUGGCACCAGCCACACUUGCGCGUCUCAGUGCGCACGAGCGUGCACGGCGGCUCCUGCAUGUAGGCUCCACGCCAGAAGAGCUUCCGAGCCGCGAGCAGCAGUUUAGCGAGAUUGUAGCGUGCAUGACCGAUGCGCUGCAAGCGCGUGCAGGCGAGUGUGCCUACAUGUAUGGCGUUCCCGGCACGGGAAAGACGGCUACAGUGCGCGAGGCAGUGCGCACUAUGCAGGCGAGUAUGGCACGCGGCGAACUGCCCGCGUUCCGGUUUGUUGAGAUCAACGGCAUGAAACUUGCCAGCGCAAUGCAGGCAUACACAGAGCUAUGGAGCGCUGUGCAAGGCGGCGAGAAGCGAUUGCAUCCACGCGCCGCACUGAAUCGCCUCACGCAGUACUUUGGUGCGGAUGGCGAUGGGCAGCGGACGCCGCUAGUCGUGCUUAUGGACGAGCUCGAUCUGUUUGUCACGUCGCGGCAAGACGUGAUCUACAACUUGUUUCACUGGCCCAACUUGCCCGGGAGCCAGCUAGUGGUGCUCGCUGUGGCCAACACAAUGGACCUUCCGGAGCGCACACUCCAACCAAAGGUAGCGAGUCGGCUGGGGAUGCUGCGCGUGCCAUUUAUGCCGUACACGGACAAGCAGUUGCUCGAUAUAGUGCGUGUGCGUCUCGACUUGGACGAGCACGGAGCGCGGGUAGGCAACGAGCCAGCGACUCAGGGAUGCGAGCACCUCUUUCGGUACGAUGCACUCGUGUUUGCCUCCAAGCGCGUGGCAAAUGUCUCGGGCGAUGCGCGGCGUAUGCUAGACGUUUGCCGCCACGCGGUGGAGGCCGCCGAGCACAAAGCCUUGGUCGCCGGUGUGCCGCAGGAGCCGAUCUCGAUUGCAGACGUGCGCCAAGUGCUGGAUCGCAUGGCGCGCAGUGGCCGCGGCGCGCAUAUGGCGGCGCUCUCGACGCAGGCCAAGCUCCUCCUAGGGAGCAUGUAUGCUACGAUGCGUCGCUCUGGACUCGACGAGGUCACUUGGGGCGAUGUUCUCUCGCACCAUGCAAUACAAUGA